GAUCCCUUUUUCCAGGCUCGUUGUCUUCCCAAUGGCAACUUUGUUGAUGGCAUCCGAUAAAUGGUGGGAGCCCCGACCAGGUGAUCAGCAUAACCGGAUUCUGCAGGGGAGACCAACAGCAGGAUGCUUGCCGUAUUUGUCUCAACGACAUCAUCUCGAGCUUCAGCAGAACUGCACCAACUACAAAGAAGCAAUUGGGUGGUCGGAUUUCUAUACGUUACACUACGCAAACCGAUUAAUCUCCAGAGUGGAUCCCGAAGUCAACCCCUUUAUAAUACGACCUACUGGCACAACGAGUGAUGAUCAGUUCAAUCAAGCGGUAAGUUCGCUGUUGUCUAGGUUAACAAGCCAAGUGGCAACCGGCACUGGAGGUUCUCUUCAAAAUUAUGCAGCGGGUGACAACGGUUCCGGAAUUUACGCACUUGUGCAGUGCACUCUCUUUCUGUCCUCGGAAGAAUGUAGCAGUUGUCUGGAGACAGCCAUAGGGAAGAUGCCUGGAACUACAGGCUGCAAAGGAAUGACCCGAUGCAGAGUUCUGCUACCAAGCUGUAACUUGAGAUAUGAGACUUACAGCUUCAUUGGAACCGUACCGUCUCCGUCUUCAACUGCUCCUCCUUCUCCUUCACCGCAAGGAAAAGCAGAAGAUGUUCCUCAGCCAUCACCGUUUCCGUCUUCACCACCUCCACCUAAAGGUAAAGUAGGCUGGUGUUCUUGGCCUCCGCCAUUACCUUUUGCAGUCUUCUUCUCCUAGCAAUUUUGCUUAUUUAACUUUAACAGUUGCAUAUUUGCAUUCAAUUUCAUAUUUAUCAAUUUACGUAAGAAAUCCUUUUACUAAAAAAAUCAUAAUUAAACUGUUGAAAAUGAAAUGCGUGGCUGAUU